AUGUCUGGAAUGCGGAUGAAGGCAGCAAAAUGUCCCUCGGACGAGCUUGCCAUUACAAACUGUGCUCUUAUCAACCCAGAUGACUUCAAUAGUGAUGUCAAGCACAUUGAAGUGUCAACUGGACCUUCACAGCACUUUGUGUUCAGCAUCAGGUUCUACAGCGGUGUUGACCGUGGCACUGUUGGAUUCUCAGCUCCACAGAGAAAAUGGGCCACUCUCUCUAUUGGUCAGCCAAUUGAUGUAAAGCCUUUCAAGGCUCAAAACGCAGAUUGUUUGUGCAGUAUGACCUUAGAGGCAGACUUCAUGCUGAAAAAAACAACAUCCAUGGAACCUUACGAUUCGGAGCAAAUGGCUCGCGACUUCUUGAUCCAGUUCUCCAAUCAGAUCUUUACAGUCGGCCAGCAGUUGGCGUUCUCAUUCCAAGAAAAGAAGGUUCUGUCCCUCAUCGUGAAGAAUUUGGAAGCUGUUGACGUCCAAGCUUUGGCCGCUGGGGCUAACGCUGUUCCCCGUCGUGUAAGAAUGGGCCGACUCCUGCCUGAUGGCGCUAUUCAAUUCGACAAAGCUGAAAAUUCUUCCCUCAACUUAGUCGGAAAGGCUAAAGGGAAACAGCCACGCCAGUCCAUCAUCAACCCUGAUUGGGACUUCGGAAAGAUGGGCAUCGGUGGUCUGGACAGAGAGUUCAAUGCUAUCUUCCGACGAGCUUUCGCUUCUCGAGUAUUCCCCCCAGAAGUGGUGGAGCAGUUGGGUUGCAAACACGUCAAGGGUAUCCUGUUGUACGGCCCACCCGGUACUGGUAAAACUCUCAUGGCUCGUCAAAUUGGUAAAAUGUUGAAUGCACGUGAACCCAAGAUUGUGAAUGGCCCGCAAAUCUUGGACAAAUAUGUUGGUGAGAGUGAAGCCAACAUUCGUAGACUGUUCGCUGAUGCCGAAGAAGAAGAGAAAAGGUGCGGACCGAAUAGUGGUCUCCAUAUUAUCAUCUUUGACGAAAUCGACGCUAUUUGCAAAGCGAGAGGAUCUGUUGGAGGCAACACCGGUGUACAUGAUACCGUCGUAAAUCAGCUGCUCUCCAAGAUUGAUGGUGUCGACCAACUAAACAACAUCUUGGUAAUCGGUAUGACGAAUCGUCGCGAUAUGAUUGACGAGGCGUUGAUGCGACCCGGUCGUCUUGAGGUUCAGAUGGAGAUCGGUCUACCUGACGAGAAAGGCCGCGUACAGAUCCUGAAUAUUCAUACAAAACGUAUGAAGGAAUACAAGAAGAUCGCUGAAGAUGUCGAUUGCAAGGAACUCGCAGCUCUAACAAAGAAUUUCUCGGGCGCUGAAUUAGAAGGUUUAGUGCGAGCUGCUCAGUCCACUGCGAUGAACCGUUUGAUCAAAGCGUCAAGCAAAGUGGAGGUCGACCCAGAAGCUAUGGAAAAACUCAUGGUAGAACGUGGUGACUUCUUACAUGCACUUGAGAAUGAUAUCAAACCGGCUUUCGGUACCGCGGCUGAGGCAUUGGAGCAUUUCUUGAGCCGUGGCAUUAUCAACUGGGGCUCACCAGUAUCUUCAUUGCUCGAAGAUGGACAGCUUUACAUUCAACAGGCGCGUGCUACUGAAGCCAGCGGUCUAGUGUCAGUGCUGUUGGAAGGCCCACCAAACAGUGGUAAGACUGCUUUAGCCGCUGAGCUUGCCAAGUUGUCAGACUUCCCCUUCGUGAAGGUCUGUUCGCCAGAGGACAUGGUCGGCUUCACAGAGUCUUCUAAGUGUCUGCAGAUCAGAAAGUAUUUCGACGACGCCUACCGUUCAAGUCUGUCCUGUAUCCUAGUGGACAACAUUGAACGCUUACUGGACUACGGUCCUAUUGGACCUCGCUAUUCCAACUUGACGCUCCAAGCGUUGCUCGUAUUAUUGAAGAAACAACCGCCCAAGGGACGAAAAUUGCUCAUCCUUUGCACUAGCAGCCGAAGACAAGUAUUGGAAGACAUGGAGAUGCUAUCAGCGUUCACUGGCGUGUUGCACGUUCCCAACCUAUCCCAACCGGAACAUGUGAUGUCAGUACUUGAAGAGAGUGAUGCUUUCUCAAAGAAAGACCUGCUCAAGAUCCAACAGGAUAUCCGUGGAGCUAGACCCUCCCGUUUAAAGCAACUGCGGAGGUUCCUGAGCAAUGCUCCUCAGCCUACCCCUGAACAAAUUGCCUUGUCUACAGCUAACCCAAGAAUCUUCAUUGGCAUUAAGAAGCUGCUAGCGCUAAUCGACAUGGUGAAGCAAACAGAUGAGGAGUACAGAGUGUUCAAGUUCCUCACGAAGAUGCAGGAGGAGGGCGGACUAGACCUAGGCACCACUGUACAAUAAGAAUCAUUGCAACCUUAGGGACAACACGCGCAUACCACACUAUCGCCCUCACCCGACCACACUAACGCACAUAUCUGUACAUCUAAAACACCUAAUAUCAAAGUAACGGAAAGCUCACCCUGCGUUUCCGAUCUUAGAAGCUAUGAAAUCGAUUACGACGAAAUCAGCGAGUGCACCGAGUCGUUACUCGAUACUAGUCAUCAUAAGAAAGGUAUGACAGCUAGAGGCAACGAAAUAUCACCUUCUAAAAUGCCUCUAAUGAGAAUUAGGAGUGUAGAGAUUGUUUUCGAAGAUGAAAUGUCCACUUGUACAGACACCGGUAUUUUAGAUAGGAGUAUCGAGUUGAUAGUGUCUGACAGCAGUGACGAUUCCACCAAGUGCGUGGAUGAUUUAGAAGGUCUGAACAUUGAGAAGGAUACAAACUACGACUCUGUAACCCUCAACGCUGACGGAGAUCUAUCAGAUGACAAUUCUGUUUCAUUAACCAAAGACAUCGUCGAAGAUGGUCCCAAAGUUGAUGUUCCCCUAAUAAGUUUCCAAGACGUCGAUGAACGUUCUCACUUACAAACUGAUAAUGCCACAUUACCAAUGGAUGAAACCUUGUCGCCAAACGUGUCCGAAAUUGGUGAUUCGGGUCGUUACACCGAAGAAGCUUCCUCAUCUCAUUUUGAGACGAUUCCUAUUGAAGACGCUUUGCUUUCGAGCUCUAUGGACGCUAUCACCAUUGUAAAGACACCGACGUUAAUGAGCUCGUACGAAAUAUCUGAUGUGUGUAGUAUCGCAGCCGAGACGUCAAGAUUGUACGAAUAUAUUGAUAGUAACAGCGACAGUUCUGACGACUCGGACAACACAGCGACUUGCGAUAUGGACCAUCCAAUUCAACAUCUCACCAGCAUCAGUAGUAACUUAUCCUCAGACGAUAACACCGUGUGCGACAGUUACGACCUGCAGUACGAUUCUUUCAUAGACAUGGGCAAAUUUUAAUACUACCUAUAUUCCAAAAAUGUUUAAAACUUUUAAAUUAUCUAAUUGUGCUUAUCUAUCGAUGUUUCUAUAAGGCUAUAUGCAUUUUAACAUGUUGAAUGUGUAAUGCACACUACUGUUUGACGUUGCGUCUUAGUUUAAAUGGUUAUUAUUUAUGAGUUGUUUGAAACAAACACAUUCCAAGUGUAUUAUCGAAGGAUUUGAUUAAAGUAAGUCCUGUUUUAGUACGCCAAAGCAGCGUGGUGAACUUUUAGUGCGAGCUAUUCUGACACCUUAUAUACCUUCUUAACACAGCUUGUGCACAGAGGGGCUCGGUGGUAUGCGGCUCUCGUAACCAUGUCAUGUCUCUAUAUACACAUGUUAUAGUUUAAUUACUCUUGUAGUGUUUUUGUAAAUAUUACGUAUGUUUCCAUAGCGCGUGCAAUUUAGUAUUUAUACAGUCUUAGCUGAACAAUGACAUGGUUACAGAUAUCCCUGGGUUGUAAGUCUAGGCAAUAGCUCAAUUAUCUACAAUGUAUUAUAUUAUUUUUAUAGAGUUUUUAUUUAUUUUCAAUUUGUUAUUGAAAUGUGAUGCAGCUUGACGCUGUCUAUUGUGUUAAUACUUAAAUAGGGAUAUUUUGAUCAAUGUGUAAUAUCGAUAGCUGUAAGGGAAUGAUAUUGAUAAUGUCAAUAAAUAUGUAGUAUUAUGAAAUAUAGGAAUAUUGUUGUUAUAUUCAGUAGCCCUCGAAGCUUUGACUUGGAGCAUUAGUACAAUUAAAGAUUAAGUACUUACCUGCACAUGUAGCAAAUUUUAUGGUCAAUUACGAACACUACUAAGAAUAAUCAACCUAAUAGGAUUGUUAACGAGAUUCUUAUCAGACAUGUCGAGAAUGCACCUCUACAUAAUUGUUAUGUAGGUGGUAAAUAUUUAAAUAUACAAAUUAUAGUAUAGUGUGUGCGUAAUAUGAUAAUAGCAAAAUUAAAUGUUCCGAUCAUUAUCGAUUCAAAAAAGUAUUUCUAUAUUUAACGAACCAUAGCUAUAAUAUUGUUGCAAUACAUAUGUAGUAAUUUAUUGUUACAUUCUACUGGUUAGAUGCAUUGUUAUUGUCUUUUGAAGUAAGAUAAAACAUUCCACUCAUGCAUUAAAAACUGGAUCGGUGUAGUACUGUUCUUUUAGAAAGUAUAUACCUAUGCAUAAUCUCAAUUAUAUUAUUGAUAAAUUGUGUGAAAAAAUGUUAAAAUCUUAUAAAGCUUUUAGGUCAAGAACUAGUGUUAUGGCUUCUAAAUAAUAUUAUACUAACCGUCAUUAUAUAUUUUCUUCUUUACAAAAAAUAUAAUUGAAUUAUGUGGAAUUAUAAAAUAAGAUAUCUGGGGCAUAGCUCCUGAAUAGAAUGUUCUGGAAAAAUUAUGUAUAAUUUGUUACUUAUUGCAAUCUAUUAUAUAGGUGUUUUAUUAUUGAAGUUAUCUGUGAGCUCUGACUUCAAAGAUUUCUAUUUACUGAUACAUUUGUUAUGGUUAAAAGGCAGAGUAUACUUGCACAUUCAUUUAAGAUGGAAUACAAUUAUUGUGCUUUCAUAUAUGUUCAAAUAUAAUGGUUUGCAUGUUUUUAAAAAUUGUUUAUCAUUAUUUUCAAAUAUGUAUUAAACUGUUGUAAAAUGAAUAUCUUUCCAACUUGUUAUUUCUUAAAGAAACAUAGUUUGUAAGCAUUCAUAGUUAUGUUUGCCGAGAGAACAUUGCUUUCAGUGGCUAUGUCACAUUAUCCUGUAAGCUUUAUUGUUGGUAAAUAAAGUAAUUGACAAACUAAAUUUGUUCUUUCAGAAUUUAUUUCCAUACCGUUGAUAUUACAUUACAGUAAAUUAAUUCACGUCAUACUCCACAAAGUAUUAAUAUGUAUUUUCAUACAAAAUCAUAUGUAUAUAGAUUCUAGUCAUAAAAUUAAGCUUGAAAAUGUCUAUAGUAGACCAAGAAGAUUGGCGAGAUUAAUAUUAUUUAUAACUUAAAAUAAUCAAUGGCGUAAAACUAAUUGGCGCUCUCACAGGCAUCCACCCAGUCAUUAUAAACAUCAAUUGGCUCGGAUAACACGUUUGUGGUGGUUUGGAAGUCUUCUAAACAAACUCUGCACUGUAUCCGAGCCGUGUUCCGAGCUCGAUCCAUUUUCACCUCACAGGACUUUUCAUGAUUGCAAAACGGGCAAUUGAAUUGUUGAUCCAAUGGCUCGAUGGCUUUUCUCUUUGGCGGAGGCUUUCUUUUCGAUUUUCGGCGACCCAUGU